AAAGAAAAUAACGUGUACAAUCCCAUCUAUACAAUACACACCCAUUUGUACGCAUAUAUAUAGAGACAUAAAGAGAAAGUACAAAGAGGUUUUUGUGUUUUGUUCCCAGUCUUCUUACCAGAGAAAAUUAAAAGAGGAGCCUUUACAAAGUAAAAACCCUAGCUUUGUUACUUUUGAUGCUCCUAGAAUUUAAAUUUAAGAGGCAUAUUCUGGCCAAGUUGCUAUAAUUAUAGUUCGUUUGCGUAUCCGCCUGUUCCCUUUCUACACAUCUUGUUUGUCGGUUAAUAACGGACUUCUGCGCUGGAGUAUUUCGGGAUCCCGGGAGCAGGUACUAUGUCGUCUUUGAGUCGGGAACUAGUUUUCCUGAUACUGCAGUUCUUGGACGAGGAGAAAUUCAAGGAUACCGUCCAUAAGCUGGAACAUGAGUCUGGAUUCUAUUUCAAUAUGAAAUACUUCGAGGAUCAAGUUCAGGCAGGCGAGUGGGACGAAGUUGAACGCUAUUUAUGUGGUUUCACAAAAGUUGAGGAUAACCGCUACUCAAUGAAGAUAUUUUUCGAACUCAGGAAACAGAAAUAUUUGGAAGCUCUUGAUAAAAAUGACCGUCCUAAAGCGGCUGAUAUUCUUGUGAAAGAUCUAAAGGUGUUCUCCUCUUUCAAUGAAGAACUUUUCAAGGAAAUCACCCAGCUGCUUACUCUCGAAAAUUUCAGGCAAAACGAGCAGCUAUCCAAGUAUGGGGACACAAAGUCAGCUCGCAGCAUUAUGCUGGUUGAACUGAAAAAGCUUAUUGAGGCCAAUCCUUUGUUUCGUGACAAACUUGCCUUCCCAACAUUUAAAGCUUCGCGUUUGCGGACAUUGAUUAAUCAAAGUCUAAAUUGGCAGCAUCAGCUUUGCAAGAAUCCACGCCCAAAUCCUGAUAUUAAGACACUAUUUAUUGAUCAUACUUGUGCUUCUAGCAACGGAGCUCGUGCCCCCCCGCCUACUAAUAAUCUACUCGCUGGACCUGUUCCAAAAGCUGGGGUUUUCCCUCCGCUUGGAGGUCAUAAUCCAUUCCAGCCAGUUGUUUCUCCUUCUCCGAGUGCCAUAGCAGGUUGGAUGUCAAGUCCCAAUCCUUCCAUGCCGCAUGCUGCUGUUCCAUCUGGUCCUCCUGGUCUUGUCCAAUCUCCUGGUGCAGCUGCUUUUCUGAAGCAUCCUAGGAUGCCCCCUGGUGUUCCUGGAUUGGAGUAUCAGAUGGGUGAUUCAGAACACUUGAUGAAGCGUCUGCGCACUGGUCAGUCCGAUGAGGUAGCCUUCUCUAGCUCAGCACAUCCUCUAAAUAUGUACUCACCAGAUGAUCUUCCAAAAACAGUUGUGCGGAUCCUUAAUCAAGGUUCCAAUGUCAUGAGCAUGGAUUUUCAUCCACAGCAGCAAACUGUUCUUUUAGUUGGAACUAAUGUUGGUGAUAUUAGCAUCUGGGAAGUCGGAUCUCGUGAAAGGUUAGUGCAUAAAACAUUCAAGGUGUGGGAUUUGUCAGCCUGUUCAAUGCCGUUGCAGACAAAUUUGGUAAAAGAUGCAACAAUAUCUGUCAAUCGGUGCAUAUGGGGUCCAGAUGGAACUAUACUUGGUGUUGCUUUUUCAAAACAUAUAGUUCAGAUAUACACAUACAAUCCAGCAGGAGAAUUGAGACAGCAUUUAGAGAUUGAUGCUCACAUUGGUGGUGUAAAUGAUAUAGCCUUUGCACAUCCCAACAAGCAACUUUGCAUCGUGACAUGUGGUGAUGACAAGACGAUUAAGGUAUGGGAUGCUGUUUCUGGACGAAGACAACAUAUAUUCGAGGGUCAUGAAGCUCCUGUUUAUUCUGUUUGCCCUCACUCCAAAGAGAAUAUACAGUUUAUCUUCUCCACUGCAAUUGAUGGAAAAAUCAAAGCAUGGCUAUAUGAUUGUUUGGGUUCAAGAGUGGACUAUGAUGCCCCUGGACGCUGGUGCACCACAAUGGCUUAUAGUGCUGAUAGAACCAGACUUUUUUCUUGUGGGACAAGCAAAGAAGGUGAAUCACACCUUGUUGAGUGGAAUGAAAGUGAAGGAGCUAUCAAGAGGACGUACUCUGGUUUUCGGAAGCGUUCGUUAGGUGUUGUUCAGUUUGACACAACUAGGAACCGUUUCCUAGCUGCUGGUGAUGAAUUUCAGAUUAAGUUCUGGGAUAUGGAUAACAACAACAUUCUGACAACUAUCGAUGCUGAUGGUGGAUUGCCUGCAAGUCCUAAAUUGAGAUUUAACAAGGAAGGCUCAUUACUGGCUGUCACAGCCAAUGAAAAUGCGAUCAAAGUUGUUGCAAAUCAUGAUGGGCAGCGCAUGUUAAGGAUGCUGGAGGGUAGGACAUUCGAUGGGUCUCGUGGUUUCUCAGAAGCAGCCAAUGUUAAACCUCCAUUUGCUGGUUCCCUGGGCCAUAAUGUUUCUAGCCCUAUACAACCAGUUCUAGAGCGUGCUGAAAGAAUGCAGACUCCAUUAUCCAUUGGCAAUCAUGCUACUGCUGAGAGUAGCAAGAUGGCUGAUAUUAAGCCAAGGAUUUUAGACAACACUGACAAAAUAAUAGCCUGGAAGUUUCCUGAUAUAAAAGAGUCAACUCAACUUAGGGCUAUAAAGUUACCUGAUUCAUUUACAGCUAGUAAGGUUAUGCGGUUAAUCUUCACAAAUUCAGGGUUAGCUUUGCUGGCACUUGCUUCUAAUGCUGCUCAUAAACUCUGGAAAUGGCAGCGUAGUGAGCGUAAUCCAUCAGGGAAAUCUACAGCAUCUAUUAUGCCACAGUUGUGGCAGCCGCCAAGUGGAGCUCCUAUGUCUAAUGACUUGAAUGAUGCUAAAGCAGCUGAAGACUCAGCUGCAUGCAUUGCUUUAUCAAAAAAUGAUUCUUAUGUCAUGUCUGCUUCAGGUGGAAAAGUGUCCUUGUUUAACAUGAUGACCUUCAAGGUCAUGACAACAUUUAUGCCCCCUCCUCCCGCAGCCACCUAUCUGGCAUUCCAUCCCCAAGAUAAUAAUAUUAUUGCCAUUGGAAUGGAGGAUUCAACAAUUCAAAUAUACAAUGUCAGGGUUGACGAGGUCAAAACCAAAUUGAAGGGUCACCAGAAACCAAUCACAGGGCUUGCUUUUUCAAAGACCUUAAAUGUACUGGUGUCAUCUGGAGCUGAUGCACAGCUAUGUGUGUGGAACAUUGAGGGUUGGGAAAAGAGAAUGGCUAGGCCCAUACAAACACCGCCUAAUCACUCAGCUCCCCUGGUUGGCGAAACACAAGUUCAGUUCCAUAACGAUCAAACUCAUCUACUUGUUGUUCAUGAAAGCCAAAUUGGUAUCUAUGAUAGCCAACUCGAAUGCUUGCGAUUGUGGUCUCCCAGAGACUCCCUUUCUGCUGCCAUAUCAAGCGCGAUAUACUCAUGUGACGGGCUGCUGAUUUUUGUUGGAUUUUGUGACGGAGCUAUUGGUAUUUUUGAUGUCGAUGGUUUGAGGCUUCGAUGUCGUAUAGCAUCAGCUGCUUAUAUUGCUCCAUCUCUGUCCAGCAGCAACAGCAAUGUGUUUCCAGUGGUGAUUGCGGCACAUCCAACUGAUUGUAACCAGUUUGCCCUUGGAAUGACUGAUGGUUCAGUUCAUGUGAUCGAGCCAUCAGAUGGAGAGCCCAAGUGGGGUGGACCAGCCCCCCAAGAAAACGGAUCCCUCCCUUCCAUACCCUCAAACUCUGCCUUGAACAGUCAGCCAUCCGAAACCCCAUCUAGGUGAAACUGUAAAACCUAUUGCCAAUUCUUAUGCUUUGGGCUUCACUUGUUUACUUUAGCCUGUUGGUAUAUAUUAUAUCUAAAUACCCUUGUUCAAACCAUUUGAUUUUUUCUUGAUAGUAAAAAUUUUGAAGGUGUACAUUAAACUUA